AUGGGCGACUACAUGGCCCAAGUCGCGGCACCCGGAGCCUACAAUUUAGCUAACGUCCACGACCAACAAAAAAAUGAACAAACAGCUUCCCAGGCAGGGAAAAGGUUCUCACUAGACUCAACACGAGUGUUGAACAAGUGGCUUGCGAAUCAUCCUCAGCACCCUUAUCCCAGCGUUAGAGAUGUUGAGUCUACGAUCCUGAACUGGUUCGCCAAUGCUCGCCGCAGAAGGAAGUUUAGGCCACCGGUCGCAUCAGAACUUACGUCUGAGCCAUCGGGUGUCGGCCCCAGAGACAUUCCUUCGCACCGUCCGCCGACACCAUUUGUCGGACAAGAGACCCCGCUAGAACGAUGGAAGAAUUCACCACCGGAAGAUGAACCUUCUAGUAUCUCUGCCAUUGCAAGAGCAGUAUCCAACGCAUCUAGCGCUUUGGUAGAGACUCCUGAUACAGCUCACGCCAGGCUGAGACAAGCACCAUCUUCGACUGGAACCUCCAUCACUAGUGCAGACAAUUCGGACUCCAGUAGGAGCUCUCAUGCCUCUAUCAAUUCUCACGCAUCAGAUGCAUCGCUAGAAUCGUUGAGGAAACUCAAGAAGAAGCGCCGACGUGCCUUGAGAUCUAACAAGGGUGACCGAAGGGUUCUUUCUCAGGUCUGUCAUCGUUUUCAAUGCACCUUUUGCACAGAGACCUUCAAGUUAAAGCAUACUUGGCAACGACACGAAAUAACACUACACCUAUCACUUGAGCAAUGGGUGUGUUCGCCGUCUGGUCCAUUUAUUCUCAAUCAACAGACCGAACCAGAAUGUGUUUACUGUGGACUUGUUAACCCAGAGCGUGCUCAUUUUGACAUGCAUAACCACGAUUUCUGCUUUGGAAGGGAGAGAGAGGAGCGAGUUUCCUACCGAAAAGACCACCUACGCCAACACCUAAGACUCGUCCACGGAUCCCAGUUUUCGAAAUGGCCCAUGGAAGGGUGGAAGUUCAAGCUCGAAAAUGUGCAAUCCCGUUGUGGAUUUUGUGAUGAUCAGAUGGCCACAUGGUCUGAGCGAGUGAAUCACUUGGCGGAACAUUUCAAAGAUGGAAAGACAAUGGCUGAUUGGAGGGGUAAUUGGGGCUUUGAUGCAUCUAUUCAUGAGAUGGUAGAGAACGCGAUGCCUCCCGCAUUUGAGCUGCUUCAAUCGGAACUGGAUUAUUUCUUCUCCAACUACGUCGAUGUCAACCAUUGCGUUCCGCCCGACGAGCUCCUGCAUUUGGAAGCUUGCUGUAUUAUUUUUGGAGCAGAGCUGUCUUAUAACCACCCUCUAAUCAACGCCACAUCUUGGCUUCGCGACCUUCUGAUGGGUACCGAAGAUGUUGUCAAGAAAGCGCAGAUGACACCCAUGAGAAGUGCUGCUAGAUCCCGGUUCACUGAGCUAAAGAUCCACAGCAAGAACGACAUUUUCGAAGACUGUAAAUUGGAGGCCUCUUUACGUCAAUAUGUCGACUUCUUGCAGAUGCUAGAUUUCGAGAUUGGGGAUGACGAGCUUCAACAGGAGGCGUGCUCCAUUAUUGAUCACAUACCUGGAGCUUCGCCCAUGUUCACCAACUUAUUGGUUGGUCUUAUCUAUAGCUCAACAAAAUGGUUGGCUCCGUUCCGCCUUCGUGUAGGGCUGCCUGCUGAUGGUGCCAACCCACACUCGGCGGAGCAAAGUUUGACAUUGGAAGGUUUGCAUGCACCCGCCUCAGCCGGCACACUGGUCCCAAAUACGGUAGCCCAACGCAACGAAAUCGGGACAGACUCUGAGAAGAGGAUUCAUUCGCUCCAAAACGAAUCCAGGACAGGCGCCGGUGCCCAAGCCCACAAAGUCGUGUCCCUCAACAUGUAUAGGGGCCUUACCAGAGAGUUGACAAGGUUCGUUGCUCGGACCAUCUCGCCACUGAAUCCGACCAGCCAUGUCCCCACGGACGAAGAGCUUCAGUAUCAGGCGCGUUGGAUCAUGUACGAUAGUCACGAUGUUUGGAACCAAACCCCAGCUGAUAAUAUGGACUGGCUCUCGGAAUUUAAAAAAGACUCCAGCUUCUUCGAAAAUUUGGAAUCCGCUACUAUCAACCAUAACUCUUCCCCUGUCCGUUCAGGGUAUUCGGGCGCUUUGUAUUGA